AUUUUAUCCGAGGGAAAAUGGGCAAAAAGUUGACAGAAGAAAUGAUCAGAGACAAGACCAACAUUGAUGACAUUGAACAAGUCAAGGACUUGAACUUUUGGGCAAAUGACUUAGAAGAUGUUUCUAUCCUUUCUAGAAUGCCUAGCAUUGAGACUAUUUCAUUAAGCUUGAACAAAAUUUCCUCCCUUUCCUUUUUCAGGAGCUGCAUUAAGCUUGAAGAGCUGUUUUUAAGGAAGAACAAGAUUGGGAGUCUAAAGGAGAUUCAUUAUCUGAAGAAUCUGCCAUGCUUAAAAGUGCUUUGGCUGUGGGACAAUCCUUUGUCAUCUCAUCCGCAUUACAGGCUGUAUAUUGUUAAGGUACUCCCCAACCUCAAAAAGCUGGACAAUGCUGCUGUCUCUGAUGAAGAGAGAACUGCUGCUAAAUAAGCUCGAUCUAGCCACGCUUGAGAGUGAGGAAUCAGAAGUUGCAGGAGAAGACACAGAAGAGAACAAGAGGGUGAAUGAUUCAUACAUGAAAAGCAAUUUUAUCAAGAAAGAAAAGAUCCGAAAACCUCCAUCAGGGACCUCAUCAGGGAGCCAUAGCAGAGGAUUAGGCAAGAGGAGCAGUCUUAGCCAAAGAAAUGAUAACAUUCUGACAGCAGUAAUGGCCUUAAUCAACGAACUUGACAAAUCAAGCUUGGAUUUGAUACAUAAAGAAAUUGGCAAGAAAAUCAGUGAGAUGUAAAAUAAUU